AACCUCGUUUACUGUAAGCAAAAUUCAGUCUGCUCAAGCUAUCAUAUCAUAAUUAGACUUCUUCGACAAGUUGCUAAACCGUCUGUACCUAAAACUGUCGGGUCAGAGGUCAGACAAGUGGGAGACGGAACCAACAUCUAUAGGAGUGCUGCCACGUUCUUGAUAUGCACAGGCCGUACAAAAACGUUUCAAUCUUUUUCUCAUUUGACGGUAACAUCAUCGCGACGUCAUUUAAAAGUGUUCUCAUUUUGAGGUACAUCGUGUAUUUCUUGUUCUUUUGUUUUAAUCACACAUUUUCCAGGAUGUUGCUGACAUCGCGGUCCUCAAUUUUCGUCUCCUUCGUGGUUUUAAUUUCGGUGAUGACGUUCAUGUAUGUCUUCGUCAACCUGACAGUUUUAGUUCAUCGCCAACCACAAAAUGAUGGACUUUCUGAAAGUACCAAUGUCCGUGGUGUUGAGUACACAGAAGCUGCAGGUAUCCAACAUCAACGAUGGACACGUGCACACAGAGUCUGCGAAAACAUCAUAGGACUCAAACCAGUCAAUAUUUUGAAGGACCAACUAAGAUUUCCCGUAACAGAUCAUGAAAAAGUGUGGCUUAGAUUGACUUACUUCGUUGAUGAUCGAAAAGUCGCAUUCGUCUUAGUGCUUAAGGCAGGUUUUUCAAACUGGCUCGACUUCAUAUCAAGCAUUUUGACGGAAGGGAAGGCCGAGUGCAGAGAAGGGUCGGGUUUGCCUUUUACUUUGGAUGAAAUCAGACCAAAGCUCAGGACCUACAAGAAAGUUAUCUUUGUCCGCAACCCAAUCAGCCGUCUCGUGUCCGGAUACGUGGAUAAGUUUGUGAACUUACCAACGGAAUACUACACCAACAUGUCAAGGGACAUCAUCAAGGAAGUUCGUGGGGAGGCUAUCGCUAAGAGUCGGCGUCCAGACAUGACAUUCCCGGAGUUUCUGCACUACAUUUUAACAACAAAAGAAAUAUUGGACGCCCACUGGUUACCUAUUCAUGAGCAAAAAGUACCCUGUGACAUUGACUAUGAUUUCAUUGGAAAGGUUGAAACUGUGUCUCGAGACAUCGAAUACAUGAAAUCGCUGUACAACAUAAGCAAGAGCGCCGUGUAUAAGCAAUCGUAUAUCUCCAACACGAAGCGAACCGAACUUAUGGUAAAUUAUUACCGCAAUAUAACAACCGAGACUAUCGAGAAAGUCAUACAAAAGUACAAAUACGAUUUCCUCAUUUUCGGGUAUCCUUUGCCAAAAGAUGCAUCAAAUAUUUUGGAAUACAUUAAAAACGAUAUGAAAGCAGACGACUUUUAUAUCGCGUCUGAUUGAAGUCAUUGUGAUUUUUUUAAAUUCAAAUAAAUACAGUUUAAAGUGUAAAUUACCAACCAACCAUUACCAACGACGGAAGAAUUUGCCUUACAAGUAUAAGGAUAUUGAAGUAAGACAGACACAAUAUUAGCCUACACCAUUUUAUAAACAUAGACCAAGAUGUAUAAUGACACAAUUGAUUUAUUUUAAGUAUUCUCCAAUGAGCUGGGGUUCUUUAUCAGGUUUUCUGACAAAACGGAAGAUUGAAAUAUAUUUAAUGUAUUAUUUACAUUACACCAUAGGUUUUUGUUUAACAAAACAGUUGCUGGCAGUGUACACACUUUAU